CUCUGACCGGAUAGGAACAACAGCAGGAGAAAGGAAAUACAACAUAAUUACCGAGUAAAAGAAAGUGAAAUACCGUGAGCCCACUCACUCGCUCCCUAAGAUUUCCAGAAAGUGUGGCAGCAUUUAAGAAUCAGCCGUAAAAUGUAAGCACAAACUCUCUUAGGGGAAGUGACAGAAACACCGUUAAACACAUCCUUACAGUCAGACAUGUAUACCUAUCUCCUCGGUGUCAUCAGCUUCGUUUAUGUCUUCCAUGCUGGUCUCUGUGCUGAAGAAUGCCAACUUAGUAUUUUGGCAAAACGCGAGAUGGAUUAUGUGCCAGAAGGGGGCAUCUUGUUAUUGUCCUGUGUAGUUCAGCACUGUGGAAACAACUGGACCGCUGCCUGGAUGUGGGAAAAUUCAACAUAUGAUUUUAGGAAGCCUGUGAAGGAAAGCGAGAGACACCAUUUGACCAACAAGACAAUUUCAGCCAGUCAGACAAAGCUAUUCUUAAACAUCCAGAGUGUCAACCAGUCGGAUGAAGGUUCCUAUGGAUGCAUGGUUGUUUGGGAUACAGGUGUAAGUGAAAAUGGACAUCGCACACACGUGAACAUUACCGCAGCUCUCAUCACAGGUCCCUCUCCAAGGAAACUCCUGCACAGGGUUUUGAUCUGUGCUUGUGCAUUACUCUGCCUUCCCAUCAUCCUGGAAUUGGCUCGCUGUCUGAGCUCAGAGGUCAAACCACAGCCACUUCCUAGGGCACAGGUCAUAUAUGAAGUUCCAUACGCAACCCAACCAACCAUCUUGGCUCCACGACCUCCACCUCGAUGCCCGGUACCACAGAAAUGCAAAACAUCCCCUCCCAAAGUUCCACCUAAAGUCAAGAGGAAGCCAGAAGUGAUGUAUGCAGUGAUUUCACAAGGUGCACUGAAGCAGCAGGGAGCCACGAGACAGCCUGCCCAAUCUGCAACUGUCUACUCAUCCCUCAGAUUUGACAACCACUAAUGGAGUUAUGCAUUAUUUUUAUGAAUUAAAUCAUAAAGUUAUAUAAUUUUAUAUAUAUGUCUUUACGAAACACUGAACGUGGUAGCUGCCACUUCUUGUGUUUUGUUUUUGUUUUUUGCAAACUGCAUCUUUGAUACAAGCUUGAUACUCUGCAUUUUGUGAAAAGUCUUUAAAGUGACAGUUUACCACAGAAUCAAACACAGGUUUUUCCCUCUGGCCCAUAUUUGCUAUUUUUCCAUCUAGAUUUUUUUGGGGGGAGGGUGUGAGGUGCUAGUUACAGAUGAAUCUCCCUGCAUUGAGCAGUUUCAUGUAGGAACUACUCUUCCUGUCAAAUUACAACCGCCAGCCACAUCACCUGACCGAAACAAGCCAGCAGCUUCCUAGUAACACAGGACAGGAAGAGAGAGGGAAAUGCCUGUGCUUAUUAUCUCCUACCAUACUGUCAUACUGAGCAGGAGCCUCUCACCACAGAUGCAGCUUCCUUCUAAAAAACCAAAACACAUGUAUAGUCCUGUAAGAAGGUUUUCUCGGGACUCUGUGCAGUCCUACGAAAAACUAAGACCUUUGCUGCUUCCAUAGGAAUUAAAGGGGUAAGUAGCAGCCAGGUGCAGUUGAUCAAUAAAAAAAAAAUAAAACAAAACAAAACAAACAAAAAAAAAAAAACGGCGCUGGCACGGCUGGCAGCCUUAACCCAAUUUCCCUCGGGAUGAAUAAAGUAUAAUCAAUCAAUCAAUCAAUCAAUCAAAUGCAUCUGAUAAACUGAUCACCAGGUGUGAACGCCUCUAUGAGAGCCGAGGUUUGGGCAGUUUGGAGGUCUGGAGCAUUCAGGUGUGUGUGAACACAAUGAGGGAAGACAUCAGCAAUGUUCUUAAAGAAGCAAUUGCUGCUGCUGGUAAGAACUACAUAACAGAAUCAGCGGGCUGGGUUAGAUGUGGAUAAAAACUAACAAAACAGAUGAGCAUGGCUUUUUUGGAUGUUUUAAGACAAGAAAAUGUAUUCUCUCUAAAAUGGGAAAGACCAAACACAGCAUAUCAGCACAAACACCUCAUACUAGCUGUCAAGCACAGUGGUGGAGGGGUGAUGUUUUUGGCUUGUUUUGCAGAUACAGGACCUGGGAACCUUGGAGUCAUUGAGUCAAUCAUUAACUCCCCUGAAUACCAAGAUAUUGUAGAGUCAAAUUUGAGGACAUCUAUGUGACAGCUAAAGUUGCGCUGCACCUGGGUCAUGCAGCAAGACAAUAAUUCCAAGCAAAGCAGCAAAUCUACAACAGAACAGCUGAGAAAGAGAAAAAUUGAUGUGUUGCAACGACCUGGUCAAAGUCCAGACCUCAACCCGACCGAUAUGCUGCGACGGGAUCUUAAGAGAGCUGUGCAUAAACAAACCUCAAUGAACUGAAGCAACAUUGUAAAGAAGAGCGGACACAAUUCAUCCACAAGGAUGUAAGAGACUAAAAAAUUUCAAAUGUUCAAACUACAGCAGCUAAAGUUGAUUUUGGAAGCUAUUUAAUAACAGUGUGGACUUACCUUUCCACAGGACUAUAAAGUAUGGGACUACUUUAGGUAGGAACCAGAAAAAGAGCCACUUUAAAAAAGGAUCACUUUCAUGUAAUGUUACAUAUAAUAAGGAGAUAUUGCAUCGCCCAGCUGUACCACCCUGAGGCGCUACAGUGAGCAGACUCUGCUUUGUGAGACGAUUUCACAGAUCUUCUGGUUUGUAUCGUUCUAAAAUGUGACCACAUUAACUGCUGUCAGAAUAAUGUGAUGGUGCUGCAGUUUCAACAAAAUGUGAAACGAACUUCACUCACAUGUUCAAAUAUAUUACACAUUAAAGUAUA